AUGUACUUCGAGGACAAUGCCGCCCAGAGGGUGAUCGCCCAAACCGGCUCCUUUACCGGCUACAGACCUCUGCUGAACCUGGGUCAUGGAUAUCUCAGCGCAACUGCCGACGCGCAACAACCUCUUUGCGGAAACGCCGAGGGAUGGGGCCCGCUCAGCCCAUACCGAUAUGACUUUACACCUUGCUUUAUCGACGUAUGGGUGGCUUCGGUGGCCGUCUUCGGCCUCGUAUUUGGGCCUGUUGCUUUGUGGUGGUUGUUGACUAAGAAGGAGGCGGCCCCUGUGGGCAAAGGUCUACAAUUCUGGACUAAGCAGUCCAUCCUAGUCCUCGUCAUUGCCGACUUCUUUGCGCAACUCAUCCUCCAGGUUAUUAGCUACGGCAACAUUGCUUACGGGGACUUUAGGGUCUGGUCAACACUACUUACGAUAUUGUCUCUCUUCGUCGUCUUCUCUAUACAAUGGGUUGAGCACGAACGUCAACGAAAUGCCAACGGCAUAGUCCUGCUGUACUGGUUGUUUCUCCUGAUCUCCCUGGCUGUCAAGCUUCGGUCUCUGAUCUCUCAACAAGUCUAUGCCUCCGAUCUCAAAUACUUCGUUGUCUACACUAUCGGGGUUGGUCUUUCGGCACUCGAUUUUCUCGUUGAAUGGUUAUGGCCUAGGAAGCGGAGCUUUUAUUCGGCUAUCGCGGACGAGGAUGAAUCGCCAUCAGAAUAUGCGACUAUUUUCUCGCAACUUACCUUUUCGUGGAUGAGCCCCAUGAUGAAGUAUGGGUUCAAGAAUUAUAUCACUCAGGAGGACCUGUGGCCUCUUGGAAGCCGGGACACAUCCAGAGCCACUGGGGGUGCUUUCGACAAAGCUUGGCAGGCGCAGUUGAAGCGCAAAAAGGGUCCUUCCUUGUGGCUGGCUAUUUUCAAGGCAUACGGUGCUCCUUAUGCCGUGGCAGCUCUUUUCAAGUUGUGCAACGACAUCUCGGCCUUCGUUCAACCUCAGUUGCUGAGGUACCUUAUUUCAUUCAUCGAGUCAUAUGAGUUUAAGGAGAAAGAGACCGAGCCCGUCAUCAAGGGUGCUGCUAUUGCGUUGGCUAUGUUUGGUGUCGCUAUCUUCCAGACAGCUAUGAUCCAUCAAUACUUUCAAUCAGCCUUCGUCACUGGUAUGCGGAUCAAGGGCGGCCUGACAUCUGCCAUCUACCGCAAAUCCCUGAAGCUUUCGAAUGAGGGCCGCUCCUCGAAAACCACUGGAGACAUUGUCAACUACAUGGCUGUUGAUGCCCAAAGAUUGCAAGAUCUGACGCAAUUUGGCCAGCAGCUGUGGUCUGCUCCGUUCCAGAUCUUGAUCUGCAUGUUGUCGCUCUACCAGUUAGUUGGGUGGUCAAUGCUGGCGGGCGUCGGAGUUAUGAUCUUUAUGAUUCCUAUCAACGGUUUCAUCGCGCGGUACAUGAAGGGCCUUCAAAAGAUUCAAAUGAAGAACAAGGAUGCCAGGAGUCGCCUGAUUGCCGAGAUCAUCAACAACAUGAAGAGCAUCAAGCUAUACGCUUGGGGAUCUGCAUUCAUGAACAAACUUAACUACGUCAGGAACGAUCUCGAACUGAAGAAUCUCAGAAAGAUUGGAGCGGGUCAGGCUCUAGCCAACUUCACAUGGAACACUUCGCCGUUCCUGGUGUCGUGCCUGACUUUCACCGUCUUUGUGCUGACACAGGAUCGGCCCUUGACAUCAGACAUCGUCUUCCCUGCUCUCGCGCUGUUUAAUCUGCUCACCUUCCCGCUUGCCAUGCUACCCAUGGUCAUCACAUCGGUUGUGGAGGCUACAGUUGCAGUCACCCGACUGAAUGCAUACCUCACCGCCGAGGAGACUCAGCCUGACGCAACAGUCCUCUAUCCAAGCGUCGAGGAGCUAGGUGAGGAUACGGUAGUGGUACGGGAUGGAACCUUUUCUUGGAAUCGCCACGAAGAUAAGCAUGUGCUCCGUGACGUGAACUUCACUGCCAGCAAAGGAGAACUGUCAUGUAUUGUUGGCAAGGUCGGCUCCGGCAAGUCUUCUUUCCUGCAAGCUAUAAUGGGAGAUCUCUGGAAGGUCAAGGGCCAUGUGGAACUCCAUGGCUCUGUUGCAUACGUUGCUCAACAGUCUUGGAUCAUGAACGCCACUGUCAAGGAGAACAUUAUCUUUGGUUAUCGGUACGACUCGAACUUCUAUGAGCAGACUGUCAAGGCAUGCGCACUUUUGGACGACUUCUCUGUACUACCUGACGGCGACGAGACAGUUGUUGGCGAGCGUGGCAUCUCUCUGAGUGGAGGUCAAAAGGCCAGGGUUGCUCUAGCACGGGCUGUCUAUGCCAGGGCAGAUGUUUACUUGAUCGAUGAUUGUUUGUCAGCAGUUGAUUCUCACGUCGGACGGCACAUUAUCGACAAUGUCCUCGGCCCCAACGGACUUCUCAAAACUAAAACCCGUAUCUUGGCCACGAACUCGAUUCCGGUUCUUCUUGAAUCUGACUAUAUUUGCAUGCUGCGCGACGGCGAGGUCGUCGAAAAGGGCACUUACACUCAGCUUAUGGCUAUGAAGGGAUUGGUUGCUGAGCUUGUCAAGACUAUCAGCAAGAAUGAGCCCGCUUCCCCAUCUUCGCCUGCUUCCUCGAGUGGCUCCAACAGCGAGACUUCUACCAUGAUUGAUGCCACGGCUACGAGCCAGACCAAGGAAGAUCUUGAACGGGCUCAGGAAUCCAGCAUGACCCUCGAGGCCAUCAAGCCGGCGGGCUCGGCGACAAAGAAGCCUAGGCAAAACAGCAUGGGUACUUUGAGAAGGCCAAGUACUGCCAGCUUCAGGGGAGGGCGUGGCAAGUUGACCGACGAGGAGGCAGACGGAAGCCGGACCAAGCAGGCCAAGGAACACUUGGAGCAGGGCAAAGUGAAAUGGAGCGUCUAUAUUGAAUAUGCCAAAACCGCAAACUUGGUCGCUGUCUGCGUCUACCUUGUGUCUCUUGUUGCUGCACAGACAGUAAGCGUCGGUGGGAGUGUCUGGCUCAAGCAUUGGGGUGACGAGAACGCUAAACUGGGCCGCAACGAUGCCGUUAGCAAAUACAUCGGAAUCUACUUCCUGUUUGGCUUUGGAUCUUCACUACUCACGCUUAUCCAGACGCUCAUUCAAUGGAUUUUCUGCUCUAUCGAGGCAUCGAGGAUAUUGCAUGAACGCAUGGCCACGGCUAUCUUCAGAUCUCCUAUGUCUUUCUUCGAUGUUACACCCGCUGGCAGGAUCCUCAACAGGUUUUCUAGUGAUAUCUACCGCGUGGACGAGGUCUUGGCCCGCGCUUUUAACAUGUUAUUCGUCAACUUGGCCAAGUCCGGUUUUACGCUCGUGGUUAUUUCGAUGGCCACGCCGCCUUUUAUCGCUCUCAUCAUCCCGCUCGGCUUCACGUAUUACUGGAUUCAGCGAUACUAUUUGCGGACUUCGCGCGAGCUCAAAAGGCUGGACAGUGUCAGCCGCAGCCCCAUCUAUGCCCAUUUCCAGGAAACUCUCGGCGGCGUCUCGACCAUCCGCGCGUUCCGGCAGCAGUCUAGGUUUGAGCUGGAGAGUGAGUGGCGUGUGGAUGCCAACCUGCGAGCCUACUUCCCUUCGAUCAGCGCCAACAGGUGGUUGGCCAUCCGUCUCGAGUUCAUUGGAGCGCUGGUCAUUUUGUCAGCCGCCAGCUUCGCUGUCAUCUAUGUGUCAGUUGGUUAUCAGCUGAGCUCCGGCUGGGUAGGCUUGGCCAUGUCCUAUGCCCUCCAGAUUACUACUUCGCUCAACUGGAUCGUGCGCCAGUCGGUCGAGGUUGAGACCAACAUUGUCUCGGUCGAGCGCGUUCUUGAGUACGCUCGCCUGCCUAGCGAAGCUCCCGAGAUCAUCCACCGUAACCGACCUCCAGUUAGCUGGCCGGCCGAUGGUGCUGUCGAGUUUGUCAACUACAGCACCCGUUAUCGACCUGGACUAGACCUGGUGCUCAAGAAUAUCAAUCUUGACAUCAAGGCACACGAGAAGAUUGGAGUCGUGGGUCGGACGGGAGCAGGAAAGUCAUCGCUCACAUUGGCUCUCUUCCGCAUCAUUGAAGCGGACAGCGGACACAUCAGCAUCGACAAUGUGAACACUUCCACCAUCGGAUUGCUCGACCUCCGUCGGCGCCUUGCCAUUAUUCCUCAAGACGCGGCUCUGUUCGAAGGUACCAUCAGGGACAACCUCGACCCAGGACACGUGCAUGAUGACACGGAGUUAUGGAGCGUGCUUGAGCACGCCCGUCUAAAGGAGCACGUGUCCAGCAUGGAGGGAGGUCUAGAGGCCAAGAUCAACGAAGGAGGCUCCAAUUUGUCACAAGGACAAAGACAGCUAGUCUCGCUGGCGCGUGCGAUGUUGACGCCUUCGAACAUCUUGGUACUGGAUGAAGCAACGGCAGCUGUCGAUGUACAGACGGAUGCGCUACUGCAGGCGACGCUGCGCUCAUCACAGUUUGCGCACAAGACUAUCAUCACUGUGGCGCACCGCAUCAACACAAUCCUGGACAGCGACAAGGUGGUUGUGCUGGACAAAGGGGAAGUGGCAGAGUAUGGGUCGCCGCAGGAGCUCAUUGCCAAGAAGGGGCAGUUUUACUCGCUGGUCAAGCAGGCCGGUCUGACUGACUGA